AUGUUCUCUUCGGAGGGACCUCUGCUUGAUUCAAGUAACAAACCAUCCACCUCAACACCAUUUGGUGUAACCCUUAAUCAUUCGCUACCAAAUCAUACGUCAUCACUGCAUUUCCAGUCCCUCAAUUCAUCAAAUGCUAAUCACAAUGGACAAACAUUUAAGGCCCUACAACCUAAACGAUCCAUCGUAUUCUUCAUCAAGGUUGUUUUUUAUAUUUCAUUGUUGAUUUUCUUCUUAAAUAUGUUGCUGUACUUUUUCAGUAGCGUUGCUGAAAGACAGGAUUUUGAAAGGGAUAUUAGUUCUUCUUUUGAGCAUUUGGACCAACACCAUCAUUCUCAAUUCCAAGAAUCCAUUAAUAAGGAAUUAUCAGAUUCAAAGGAAAAGCUGUCCUUGUUGAGAAAGAACACCAUUCAACCAACAACAGCCUUAUCUAAAAUCAAGGGAGUGUUCUUUGGUGGCUUGAAAUCAGGUUCUAGUAAAACUGCCUUCCCUCUUUUGAGCAGAUAUAAUCCUCCCAAAGUUCCUUCGAUUAUGGAAACAUUUACUUCCGACAAGAGAUUAACUAGUGUAUCAGAGUCAGAUAUAUCACAACCUUUGAUAUCUAUUUCUAGGGGCCCAGAAAAGAGUGAACCUGGAUUUUACAUUGACAAGGAAAAUGAAAUUAAGGCAAGAAUUGAUGUAUCAACAAUUCCUAAAUCAACUCUAUCUGCUAUUAGUUACAUGUUUGAGAGUAAAGACAAUUGCAUCAGGAAUGAUGUGGAUAUGGAUAGUGUUAAAAAGACUGAUGUUCAAUUUACAACCUGCAGAUUUGAAAAUAUCUGUUUGAAUAGAAAAGGAGAGUGGAUUAUUUACACAAACAAACCUUUGGAAACAAAUGAAAGGCCUUGGGUUUUUACAUCUUCUGUUUACAAUGAAGAGUUUUCUCCAGCCAAAUUCAAGUUAAAGAUAGCACCACCUCCAAAAUCUGUUUUAUAUAAGGGCUCUGAAAACUUGACUCCUGAGAAAAUUCAUCCAACCACAAUUACAUUAGCCAAGAAUUUCAAAUGGGUCUCCACUCCAACAUUUGGAUUUUUCAGACAUAAUGCUGAAGAAGUUGGAUCACUUGUUAUGAACAACUACUUGCCAAUGUUUAAUCAGAUGGCCGAUUACGAGUUUGUAAAUUAUGACAAUAAUAUUUUGUUCCUAGAUGAUGUUCACAAUGAUGGAACUGGUAAAUUCUCUAGAGCACAAUUAGAAAAGGCAUCUAUGGCUGAAGACCUUUCAAUUGAUUUUGGAUCAUUUGUUUCAUCUAGUCUUCCUCUUCAAGUUUGUGAUAAUGACGAGAAGGGUACCUAUGUUGAUUUUGCUCCAUGUAGACAAUUGAGAAAUGCUCAAUCCAAACCGUUGGAUAAGGAAGGUGAGGAAUUGGACACUUGUUUUUCAAGUUUGGUUGUAGGUUCUCCUGACUCUUAUUUCCUAUCACCUGAAAAGAGACAUCACUUGAUUCCAGUUUUCAGAGAUUACGUUUUGAAUGGAAUGGGAUAUGUACCUCCAAGAAGCUACUUUGAAGGAAGAAAGAAGAUUUUGAUUAUUGGUAUACUUAAUUCUUCCAAGAAAGAAAGUAUUGUGAAUGCUGAUAAAUUGACUGACUACUUAAGUGGAUUGGCCAAGGACAUUUUACAGCAAGUCAACUCUCACAGAAUUCCUGAUGACAGAUAUGAAAGUAUUAGAAUUUUGAACUUGAAAUUGGACGAUAUGACUGUUGUUCAGCAAAUAAGACUUUUCACAGUAAUGGAUGUAUUCAUAACUAAUCAAGGAUUAGACUCUUACUAUUCAUUGUUCAUGUAUAACCCAAGAGCAUUAGUAAUCUAUGCACCAAUGUGUUUCACUGCAACGAAUCAAUGUACUGACUAUAAUUUGAGAGUUCUUCAUACCUUCUCAAAUAUCAAAGUUGUUUCCCUAAUGGAAUACCUUUCUUUGGUAGAGUGUGUUAAAGAACCUACAGAUAGUGCUAAAGGAAGUCUUGUUACAGCUAUGAAAGAGGUUCCAAAAAAUCUUACUGGAGAUUGUCAUAUAAGAAUCAAUGCAUCUGGACUUUACUUGCUCAUCAUAAAGGCUGUAAAGCACAUUUAA